AUAAUAAUUCUCUGUAGUCUGCUACUGCUUGUAGGUUUCCCAGCACAGCGUGGCCCUCCCACAGUGCUGACAUCAAGCAAAGGUUUGCACAGGUGAGAGUUUUCCAGGUCUUAUCUUGUAUUCAUCGUCUUUUGAGCCCUCAGCCUGCACAUAAAUAUAAUGCAAGGGUCACAAAAUAUCGGGUCCUCAUUCAGUCUCUUGGUGUUUAAAUCCAGCAUUGGCUCUUCAAAGCCCCUGGGCAACCAUUGCCUCUAUCAGAAAAUGCACACACACACACCCAUCUAAAAGUGCUUUCAGAAGCAAAGCUGCAUAGAUGCCACAAACACAAGCAUGAGCGGUGGCUUUCAGGGGAAGCUGUGUCAAUAACAACAGAAUAAUAAAAUUUUAUUUGAGCCAAAGGAAGAGAGAGAAUGACUUAGCAGCCCACUGAGAUGAUGCAGCACUGCCAAUGCGGUUUCUUCAGACUACUAUAAUCACAUUGCUUGGCUGCCUCUCAUACCUCCUUUUAACAAUCUGUUUAACCCUUUGGCCAAUUCGGCUGGGCAGGACAGCCAUAGCGUGGUACCUCUUCUCCAGCCACAGCUUGGUGACUUUGGGGGUGCAGGGAGAGAUGAGGGAAGUGUGUAGGGGAAGCAGAGUGCUGCAAUUUAGCUGUCCUGGGGAGCACAUGGAGAGAUGAGCUGGAGUUCAUGUGGUUGGAGUGGGCACAGGAAAGGGGACAAGACUCUCUAGAAAAUCUAGAUCCCUUUGUUACGCUGCUUGGCAGGUGACUUGCUCAAUCCAAUGAUGGGAUUUUCUGUGCACAGGUAACAAGCUAGAUGCCUUACAGUCACAGCCUUUGACUUAAAUAGGAGCUCUAGAGCACACCACCAGCAGACCGGAGAGCAGACCCGAUGUCCUGGGGAGCCCCUCGUCACAUUUGGCCUAUGUCUGGAGUGACGGGAGAUGGUAAAUUGGAAAAGUGCUCUGAGAGUGGGCACUAGUGCACGCUGCAAACUUCAGCUCUUUCUUGCGGCCGUGUUCCUUUUUGUGCUACAAGUAAACUUGGCAAGCCCCGUUUGGAGUGCCUGCCUUGGUGUCUGGGUGCCCACGCCCUGGGUAAGCACACCUUUGUAGCAGUUUUUCCACAGAAACUAAACCUGUAGAAAUAAAGCAUGCUCUGCCGCCAGGGAGCUGCCUAUGGGGAACACCCCACCACCAGGUACCACGAGGACCCAAAUGUGAGGCUCUCACAGCCCGUAGCAUCAGGACCACAUGCAGACCGCCUGUUUCUCUGGAUGCUGGAUGAGAGGCUGGAGUCCAGGGGGCGUUUGGAGCCCCCUUUGGAAGCGGUGGGAAGACCAGAUCCUCUUUGUACCCUUUCUCUGAUAACCUAACCCCAAACUCUAGCUCACCUCCAGCACCGGUGGCUGGGCAGGAGGCGUGUGAAGCUGGACCUGCUGCAGCAGGCUGUGCCAGCUUCCCGAUUCCCUCUGCCAGCCUCCCGAUUCCCAGCGCCCGGGGAUGUGAGCUCGCUGUGGGAGGCACGUGCAGAGCCGCCGGGAGCAGGAGCGGUGCCGGCAGCCUGGAUCGCAUUCCUCAAACCCUGUUUCCCAGCAGGGCGCUUAUUCCAGGGCUGGGUCCUCCCCGGGCUGCGCUCUGUGCUAAUGACUAUUUCCCCUUGAUAGAUUACCCGUGCCAUUGUGGGGCUGACAUCUUAGCCGGGAGCCCUGCUUGGUCCCUUAUCAUGGGAGCAUGAGGAAUGAUCCUUCCCUCCCGACACCCGUCGAUAGCAGUGAGUAAUAGCCGGGAAGGGAGGCAGACGAUAGUAGGAACAUGCUCAACAGAGGUGCUGUUAUUCUUGGGACAGGAGGCAACUGCGGAGGAGGAGGAGGAGGAGAGCUUGGAGGGCGGACGGGGGGGUCCUGUCAUUGCUGAUGCUCUCUGGGGCUCGGCAGCUGGAGAGAAACAUUGACUCGGGAUGGUCAAAGCUGGGAAGGAAAAAAAGCAAGGAGGGAAAGGAAUGAAGUGAAAGGAGCUGAGAGCCAGGCUGGAGAGCACGCAGACAGCCUGGUGACCUCUGGUGCAUGAAGGAUGAAGGAAGCAGACUGAGUGACUAUGUGGACCGCCUGGGUGAUCAUCUUCUGGAUUUCAACCGUCCUGAUCAGGGCUGCCCCACCUAUCUGUGACCUCCUGAGCGUCCUGAAAAAGGAGGAAGAAAACUGUGCUGAGACUCUGUCCCUGGAGGCGAGGAACAGGACACCUGAAAAUGAUCUGCUCCUGACAUCAGGCAGAUGUGCUGGAAUGUGGGAUAACAUGAGCUGCUGGCCUUCAUCAGCUGUGGGACAGACUGUCGAUGCUCCCUGCCCCAAAUUCUUCCAGAUGCUGACUGGGAAAAAAGGUUUUAUCUACCGAAACUGUACCAGCGAGGGUUGGUCAGACCCAUAUCCAAGACCAGAUAUUGCUUGUGGCUACAACGUCAAUGACACCGCAAAUGAGAAAAGACAAGCCUAUUUCAUGACCCUGAAGACCAUGUACACCAUUGGAUACUGCACCUCCCUUGUGACGCUGACAAUAGCCUUAGUGGUCCUGGCCUCUUUAAGAAGACUUCGCUGUACGAGGAACUACAUCCACAUGCAUCUCUUCACAUCCUUCAUUUUGCGAGCCUCAUCUAGCUUCAUCAAAGAUGCUGUUUUGUUCUCCUCUGAAGACACAAACUACUGUGAGGCACACACGGCUGGAUGCAAGCUUACCAUGGUCUUCUUUCAGUAUUGCAUUAUGUCUAACUACAGCUGGCUUCUCGUGGAGGGACUGUACCUCCACGCUCUCCUGGUAAUUUCCUUCUUCUCUGAAAGGAAGUUCUUCUGGUGGUUCAUCACCCUUGGAUGGGGUGCCCCGAGUGUCUUUGUGGCUGCGUGGGCCACUGCAAGGCAACUCCAUGAAAACACUGGGUGUUGGGACAUUAACACUAAUGCCAAUACCUGGUGGAUCAUUAAAGGCCCUGUAGUUUUGUCUAUUUUUAUUAAUUUCAUUCUUUUCAUCAACAUUUUAAGAAUCCUGAUGAAGAAGCUCAGCUCACCUGAAAGACGGAGCAACGAUUUCAACCAGUACAAGAAGCUUGCCAAGUCGACACUCCUCCUUAUCCCACUCUUUGGGGUUCACUACAUCAUCUUUGCUUUCUUCCCCGAAGACACAAGUAUUGGCACAAUGGAAAUUCAGCUGUUUUUUGAACUGGCUCUUGGAUCGUUCCAGGGUUUUUUCGUGGCUGUACUUUAUUGUUUUCUUAAUGGUGAGGUUCAGCUGGAAGUUCAGAGAAAAUGGAGGCAGUGGCAUUUAAGCAAACACUUGCCUCAGCACGUUAGCACCUCAGCAAGUAACGGAGGAAGUGGCUUAACUCAGGAGAUGCAGGUAGUAAAGUCGAGCCCACCACAACACAGGAGAGCAAACCUCCAAAGAUCAAGCAUGCUUUAACACUGCACCCUUGAGGGAUACCUCCGUGCUCAGAUACACGUGGUUAAAUCCCAUGGACUGUGCUGGGAGUCUUGUGUAUAUAUCUGAGAGCAGGACUUGGCUGUGGAUCAGCAGUUCUUGAAGCACAUCUGUUCGUCUAUAUCCUGUGUAGCACCAAAGUUAUUUUGCAAGGCAAAAUGGGCCAAAACAUUAUGCUCUUCCUUGGGUUUCUGGCCACAGUCAUUUGUGUUUCUUUCCACACCAAUAUUUUUAAGCUGCUAUUUCUACCUUAAAUGAAGCCUCUCAUUUUCCACGUGGCUCCCUUCCAAUGCUAGGCCAGGCGGGUGAGUUUCAGAUGUUUUGUAUUUCUUCUGCUGUUGAAGCUAGGAGGAUAUUCAGCUUUGUAAGAUGAAGGUUGAAUACCGUCCUUCAACACAGACUAUGGGUUUGAAAUACAAAGUCACUGUACCUAAAGUUCACCAAGGUUCAAAGUCUUUCUGUUGUGGUGGAAUGAUGAUGGACACUGAGAAUAUAAAGCACAUCUGAGCUCCUCCUUCCACUGUGAUUGUAUGCCCAUUGCUCAGGUAUUCUUCAGCGAUAGUGGCAGCAUCAAAGUUUUCUUCCUUUGCCUCUUCUAACAGUGGUGAUCUUGGAAACAGCUGUGGUCCUGUUUGGGUUUCGGUAUGGUUUUUGAAAAGGUAGAAGCUAUUGUAGCAAAUUCCAAGAGUGGCCAUGAGAACUGCCCUGGUUUGAAUUGCAAAGGGGUGAAAGAAUUCAGCUGACAAAUGCAGUCAGUCAGGUCUGCUAUUUGAUUUUUUAUCUCUAUUUACCAAGUUGAGGCAAUUCUUGCCUAGCUUUCCUUGAGGGCAAAGAUGACUGAACAGAAAGCAAGUGGCAUUUAUCACCUUCUCCCCACUCCCGGUCACCCAUAUGACAUUGGCAAAAUAAGCACAGCUCUGCCAAGCGCUGACUGAGUGGCGCUCCCCAACUGCUCUGCCAAAACCACUCAAAUAACCUUCUAUUUACAGCAAGCCCUCAUGGCAGGCUUCUGCCAUUUCACCAGAAGACAAACAUGCAGAGAGAUUCAAAGGAUGCCUUCAAAGUUGAAUUACCUGCACCGAAGCAAUUUGUUGAGUGCUGUUAUUAGCGCUGCUUCAAACGGCAAGAUUCAGGACAGGAAAAAUACCAUUAUUUCCUGCAGGUGUUGAUAGAUUGCACAGCCUGUGUUCUCCUGAUCAACUGGGUACCGUGGCUGGGCCGGGACAGAUGCCUUGUCAGGGGGAAGGGUUUUGUAUUCGUUCAGCCUCCUCUGCCUGUUUGGCUUUGCCUGCCGAUGCUUGUCGCCCUGCAAUGGGAGAGCUGAGCCUCUUAACACCAGAGGGGAAAAAAAAAAUCAAGUACAAUUCAGUGAACUGGCAAGAGUUCCCAGGAAUUAGUCCUAAACUUAUGUUGUUUGGAAAUGGCAAGGUUUUGAGUCGACCUAGUCCUUUAAAACUCAGCCACAACCAGUGGAAGGAACAGCAGAAGCAGGAUCAGUCCUGUGACGGAGAGAAAGGAGAUCUCUCUCUGUACACCUUUGGGUAAAAGCUCUUGCUUCUCACUGAUUUUCUCAAGCCAUGCAGAUCCUUCAAGUAUCUGUGAGUUUCACUCAGUCCCAGGGUAUUUAGCAAGUCAGAUACUUCCAAAGAGAGACAACCAUUAGCCUAAUUUCCUCUGUGGCCCACAAAAGCUACUGUAAGACCAUGAAGAGUGAAACAACCUCUGUGUUCCCUGUCUGAGAAUUAAACAUUUAUAAUUGAAGCCAAAGCAGCUGUUUGCUUUAAACGCAAAUGCCUUCUUCUGGCAUGAAUGAAGAAAUACAUAUCCAGAGAUCCAAUCAAGCUUAAUUAAGGAGCUCUGAUGCAAUUAUUUGCUAUCCCACAAGAGCCCAGCCCAGCACUGAUGGCACAAGGCUGGGUGGAGCUACGGUUGAGUGUGUUACCUAUUUGUACAGAAGUCCUGGCCAAACAGCAGGAACCACAUCCCCUGGAGGAAAAUGCUGCAUUUUGUAUUUUUGUUUUUGGUGUUGGUGGUUUUCUAAAUCUGUGCUCAAGCAUAAGCUAUUGUUUUACACGGUCACUUUGGUUUUAUUUGACCUUCCUGAAAUAAACAGAUAAGAGGAAGCUUCCCAGAUUGCCAUAUUGCACAUUUACUCCAGGCACUGAGCACCCGGGCAGCAAGCACUGCCUCCAUAAAACCCCUCCGACAUCACAUCAGCUGGCACUGGGAGUCCUCGGAGCUUUAGGAAGAGCAGGUCCAUGAGGGCAGGUGCCAGAAGCAGGCAUCCCUGCACCUUAUGGUGCUGGGACCUGGAUGUAGAAGGCUGCUGCCAA